ACUGCAGUGGCGGAAAAGUUGUGUGACACUGUGUCUGCGCUACAGAGCCACAGAUGCCGCCGAAAACCUCCAGAGACGAUGUGCAGGUUCAUUAAGCAUCGUUGUAAAGUAAAGUCCCCUCUCUGCUGCAGAUGGCUGAACGUGCAGCUCACACUUGUGGAAUAUUCCUGGAUUACAGCAGAAAGACUUCUUUACUCCUCUGGGACUAGAGCCGGUGUCGUGGGGUGAUUCGUCUUCUGUGUGAACAGCAGCUUUUAGUCCUUGAACACACUUUAGCUGAGAUGAAUACGCUGUACAUCGUGAUUGAAGUAGUGAUUGCUGUUCUCUCCAUAUCCGGCAACGUGCUGGUUUGCUGGGCUGUCGCCAUCAACACCACUCUGAAGAACGCCACCAACUAUUUUCUGGUGUCUCUGGCCGUGGCUGAUAUCCUGGUCGGUUGCCUCGCCGUCCCCUUCGCCAUAACCAUCAGCAUCGGCAUCCACCUGGACUUCUACGGAUGCCUCUUCCUGGCCUGUUUUGUCCUGGUACUGACACAGAGCUCCAUCUUCAGCCUUCUCGCCAUCGCAAUCGACAGAUAUCUGGCAGUUAAAACCCAUUUAAGGUACAAGGAGUUGAUGACAGGAAAGACUGCCCGAGAGAUCAUCGCUAUUUUAUGGAUCCUCUCCUUUAUUAUCGGCCUCAUCCCUUUCUUUGGCUGGAACCUGAAGAAUUCAUGCUGUGGGAACAGCAGCUCCAUGGGAGACAACACUACAAACGUCACCCUCAGCCAGGAGCUGAGCGGUGGAGGAGACUUGCUGCAGAGUUGCAAGCUGCAAUGCUUCUUUGAGAAAGUGGUGGACAUGCACUACAUGGUCUACUUUAACUUCUUCAUCUGCGUGCUGCUGCCUCUGCUCAUCAUGCUGGGCAUCUACCUGAAGAUCUUCACCGUGGCCAGGAAGCAGCUGAGGAAGAUCGAGCUCAAGUGCGUGGGAAACGGCGAGAGCCACCACCACGGGCUGUUACAGAAGGAGAUCCGGGCGGCCAAGUCCCUCUCCAUCAUCGUAGGACUGUUCGCCGUCUGCUGGCUGCCCGUCCACAUCCUCAACUGCCUCACGCUGUUUUACAGCGAGCUGAAGAAGUGGGAUGUCGUCAUGUACGUGGCCAUUAUUUUGUCUCACGCCAACUCUGCGGUCAACCCCAUCAUCUACGCUUACCGCAUCCAGGACUUUAGGGACACUUUCAGCAAGAUCCUGUCCCAGCACUUCCUGUGCCGCAGGGAGGAGCGGUACGUCAGCUCUAACAGCAGAAGACGCAACAGAGACCAAAUACACAUGACCAUCGACCCUCUACUUUAGAAAGUCAAGCUGAAGAAGAGCGUCGCCUGUGACGGCUCUGUGGUUUCAGUCUUGAAUUUUAUUUUUACUGAGGUUUCUAAUGUUUACAGAAGGGGGGUAUGAUAGGUGGAGCUGAAGCGCCUUGAAUGUGGACAUUUAUUUAUGAACUGUGCCAAGUGUCAGGGGUCAAGCAGUGAAAGGUUGAACAGUGAGUCUUAUGUAACUUUUGUAUUGUGAAGGAUUUAAAAAAUGUUUUAUAAUGAAGUGAACUGGAUGUGCAGGACUGUGAACAGGAUCCAAACUUAAAAUGUUAUUUAUCAUUCUGAAUCCACCUUGUUACUACUAAUCCAAACUUUAUUGUCAGCAUUCAGAAACAGUGUUUGAUCAUUUAUUUAUUAUAAACUUUAUGUUUGAGAAUGUAAAGAUAAAAAAAACUUUGUGUGGCUAAAUCUGUGCUUGUGGACCUAGAAAGGUACAACAGCAUCAUCUUCAUCCCAUAUUCAUCCAGAUGACCACCACAGGCUCAAUAUACAGAGGAAGGCUCAAUAUGGUUAUAAGAGGAGGCUUAAAGGUCCAGUGUGUAAGAUUUAGGUGAAAGGGAACUAUUGGCAGAAAUUGAAUGUAG